GAACAACCAGGCAGGACUGCAGCGCAAAACGGUUGUUGGAUGGUUGGAUGUGGUUGGAAGAAAAGAAACGUUGCUGAUCUCAAGCCAGCAGGGCACCCCACUGGCUGCUGGUUGACUGACUGCUGGCUAACUGCUGGCUGGCUGCUGGCUGACUGCUGGCUGACUGGCUGUUGGGUUGCCAAGCCACUCGCCACUACCGCCGACGAAGGCGUCGUUGAGAUCGUCUGUUGCAACACAAAGACACAAACACACAGACACACCGUGUGCAGACGAUUGAAGGUGGUGGAUGGCGAAUACAAACAGGCACAAAUGCAUGAGGACAGGAGCAUUGACACCCUGCUCGACACACGCGCCAAAGGCGGGCAGGGACAAGCAGAUGCGCAAACGCCUCGCACCUGGCUGUCACUGACAACACCAUGUUUUGUGUGACGGACAUCGUGGGCGGUGGUGGUGCAGAAGAACAACAACAGCGCAGCGCGGCUGACUUUCCGCGCCAACACCCCCUCGGCAGCCACUUGCGAAUGGGCUGGGGUCAUGCGCGACGCUGCAAUCGGAAGGAGUGCGAUGAUGGCCAAGGUGUGGCGGUGGCCCCACGAACGCUGAUUGUGCCCUGAUGUACA